CUCCACUAGGCUCCUCCCCCUCGCGGCGGCGGCGCCGUUGCCGUGAGCGUCAGUGUUGUUGCCGGAAGUUAAGAUGGCGGCCUUCACCGCGGAGACGGACCUGGUCACGGGCUGGUGCCUCUUCGGCCUCGCUUUGCUGGUUAUCCUGAUAUUCUGCUGGGUUUAUGUCCGCAAGUACCAGAGCAGACGUGAAAGUGAAGUAAUCUCUACUAUAACAGCUAUUUUUGCUCUUGCAAUAGCACUUAUUACAUCAGCACUUUUGCCAGUUGACAUUUUUCUGGUUUCUUACGUGAAAAACCAAAAUGGGACAUUUAAGGCUUGGGCAGAUCCAAAUGUUACAAGGCAAAUUGAAGACACAGUAUUAUAUGCAUAUUACACACUCUAUUCCAUCAUAUUAUUUUGUGUGUUCUUAUGGAUCCCCUUUGUCUACUUCUACUACGAGGAGAAGGAUGAAGAUGAUGGCAACACAUGCUCACAGGUUAAAAUUGCAGUCAAGUAUACUCUAGGAUUUAUUCUGGUUUGUUCUGCUCUUCUACUAAUUGGAGCCUUUGUUCCAUUGAAUAUUCCCAACCAAAAAAAUACAACGGAAUGGGAGAAAGUGAAACUUUUGUUUGAAGAGCUUGGAAGCAGCCAUGGUUUGGCUGCCCUAUCCUUCUCUAUAAGUUCUUUGACCCUUGUUGGAAUGGUGGCAGCUGUUACAUAUACAGCUUAUGGUAUGUCCGCUUUGCCUCUGAAUCUGAUAAAGGGAACAAGAAAUGCUAGUUAUGAACGCUUGGAAAACACUGAAGAUAUUGAAGAGGUUGAGCAAAGUAUACAAAGGAUUAAAUCAAAGUGCAAAGAUGGUCGGCCUCUACCAACUCGGGAUAGGCGGACAUUGCAACAGCUUGAGGACAAGCUAAGAGGCCUUCGAAGGAGAGGGAGGCGUCUGGAAUAUAUUGAGAAGAGCUGCUGGACAAGAUUCUGUGGAGCCAUGAGGCCACUAAAAAUUGUCUGGGGAAUAUUUUUUAUCCUUGUGGCCCUGCUGUUUGUUAUUUCUCUCUUCUUGUCCAACUUGGAUAAAGCACUGCACUCAGCUGGCAUUGACACUGGAUUUAUAAUACUGGGAACAAAUUUGACUAAUCCAUUGAAUAUGCUGUUACCCGUUCUACAAACUGUCUUCCCCCUUGAUUAUAUCCUCAUCACUACUAUCAUCAUGUACUUUAUAUUCACCUCAAUGGCAGGAAUUCGAAACAUGGGAAUAUGGUUCUUCUGGAUAAGGCUGUACAAGAUCAGACGGGGGAGGACAAGGCCACAGGCACUUCUCUUUCUCUGCAUGAUACUGCUGUUGAUUGUUCUUCAUACCAGCUACAUGAUAUACAGCUUGGCCCCUCAGUAUGUUAUGUAUGGAAGCCAAAAGUACCAAUCUCUGAGUAAUAUGACAGUGGAUGGACACUUGACAAAUGUGACAGCGUGGGUGCCUAAAGUUUGUGAUGCAGAUGCUCCUGCAAAUGAAUGCACUGUUACUCGGACUUACCUAUUCCUUCACCAAUUUUGGUUCUUCAGUGCUGCAUAUUACUUUGGCAAUUGGGCUUUCAUUGCAGUUUUCUUAAUUGGAUUAAUUGUGUCGUGCUGCAAAGGGAAAAAAUCUGUUAUUGAAGGUGAAGUGGAUGAAGAUGAUUCAGAGAUAAGUGAUGACGAGCCAUCCCUCUAUUAUGGUUGACAGCCCAUAAGUUCUGAAGGUUAAAGCAUGCAAUUUAAAACUGUGAAAAUGCCACCAUUGGACUUUGCUCUUGGAAAAGUUCACAUAUUUGCCAAUGUGGAAAAUGAAAUCUUUAAGUGUACUAUUGUAUUAUAGUUAAGCUAAUAUGUACAUAUAUAGUCACAAAGGAGCUAAUUUUAUGAAGGAAUGAUUAAACAGUACUAUUAUUUUCCCCCCAAUAUGCACUCUGCGGUCAUUAUGUUAGUUGACUUUUUGCUGGUCUUGAGUUUUAAAUUACUUUAUGCCUGAUUCAAUUUGACAGUGCUGAAAAGUUAACAUAAUCAAAUUGAUAAAUGCUUCUUACAGGAACGCAAAGUUUAAAGUGUGGUGCUUUUUGAUUGUACAAUUAAUAUUUAGAACACACUAAAUAUUUUACGUAUCAGCAGCUGUAAUCAUCCUUGUCAAAUGUUGGGUUAUUGCUGAUUUCGGUGAGAGGCCAAAUAAGAAUAAAAACAGGAUGAAGUGAGAUGGGGAACAGCACCUAGGCUUCCAUUUCCCUCCUUUGUCUCCUGCAGAAUUAUCUAGUAGAAUGCAAGUGCCCUGGGAGAGCCUCAUCUUAUUAAAACAUUGGUUUUUCUGUGGCCCAGUUAUAAAGAGUGGGAUUGUAACAGGGUUAACGAAAUCCCACAUUCAAAUGAAUGUGGGAUCUCCAGGUUUAGCUCUUACUAUGCACAGUGAUACAGACAGGUGAGAGAGGAUCAAUGUUUCUCUCAUUCUUGCUAUUCAUGGCAGGGGUGGGCUGGAGGUAGCAGUAUUAUCUUGAUGAAUAUAUCCAGAUGUUUCUCUGUAAAAGUGGAAUCUAAGGAGAGGCAAAACUUUAUUCUUUCUCCAUGGUCUAAACUUAAAAGUAUAUGAAUUUUAAGUUGAAAAAUUAAACACCUAAGUUAGUUACUAUUAUUUGCUAUGCCCUAACUUCAAUAUUUUGAAGUAUUUUUUUAAUCAAUAACUGUUGAAAUUUGUAUCCAUUGCCAAUUUGUUCAGUUAUACCUAAAUGCAAUGCAUAAACAUUUAAAAUCAUGCAAAGACUUUUUCCUGUAUCAUUUUGUAAAAUAAACUAAUCGGGAUCUUACUGACAUGUAUCUUUGCCAUAUUUUUGUAACUUAAACCUUAUUACAAAAUAAGUAAUCUUUACUGUUCCUUGACUUAGCUGCCAUUCAUUAAAUGAUUGCAGUUAAACAAGCCAAACAUUUGUGAAUUAAUUUUCCUGGCUGCAGCACUUUUCUACAUCGGCUCAAUGAAUAUUUUGUGAAAUAUUUAAUGCUGAUCAUUGUUUCAAUAUUUGACAUUAAUAUGUUUUGGUUUAACUCCAGUUAGUACUUAUAUUGCCAGUUAAUAGAAGUGUUGUUGUUUUCUAUUCUCAAAACAGUGGUUUACAAGAAAGCAAAAUGCUGAGUUUAGUGUGCUUUUGGAGAAAUCACAGCCUCCUUAAUUUUCUGUCUUAUCACAGUAUAGUAAAGCAUCUUUUUCUAUGCUGCUUUGCUUUCUAUAACCGGAUUUACCUUCCUUUGGCCACAGCCAACAUAGCCAGUGAUCAGGGAUGAUGGGAGCUGGGUUACAGUGACAGUUGGGGGGGCUUCAUGUUUUGUCUGUCAAUGGGUUUUUAAAGAAGUUCAAUUCAUAGGCAUCUCAAGCAUGCAGGGGUCUGUAUAAGCUCUUGCAUGGAGAAUGACCCAUUUACUUCAGGAGAAAACCUACUUUUUUGGGUCUUUCUAUUGAAAAGAACAGGAGGUAUAUUGUGCUUCAAAGUCUCCCUGUUUUACACACUUUUGGUAUCUCUCUAACGAACUUGCAGGUAAUCCAAAAAUACCUGUGCUUCUCUCUCCAUAACUGACACUCAGUUUCUUAGGUUCUUCUUUCAUUUAUUGACCUGUAUAAAGCUUAAUUGACAUUUAUCUGAGCUAUGCUCACAAUUCCAAAUGGGUACAUAUUUUUCUCUUUCACUUUGCUGCUACAUUCAGUUGGCCACUGGUUUUGUUGCAUAGUUACAACUGCAGAAUCCACCACCACUUCCUCAAUCUCCAAUAUAUCCUUCAUAUAUAUUUUUAGAACAUGUGAAACAGCCUUUAAUUCUUUUUAUUGUUUGUUUGCUUGCUUGAUUCUAAGGCUUCAUCAUUUAUUGGCUUUCUAAUGUUUUUUUUAUGUUUCAGCAGCAUUGCGCUGAAUUUCUUUGUGUGUGUGUGUGUGUGUGUGUGUGUGUGUGUGUUCCUACCCUAUAUUUCAGUUAAUAUGUACCAUCAAAAGAUACUAGUACCUUUCAUAUGCAUUUUUUUCGCAUCAAAAUUUGAUAGGGACAGAGUUAGCCAGAAGACUAAAUGAAAUGAAAUCAUUAAAAACAACUUGUAGGGUUUUGUUCAAAGAAUAAAUUCCAAUAUUCUAAGUUUCGUUCAAAGAAUAAGCUUUGGGAAGUCUUCUGGCUUCAUUUAAUGUUGCUUGUCAUAGAAAAUAACUGACCGGGAGCCACUCACCAACUCUGUGAAAGGGUCAUAUAUCUUGUGUGUCUUUUUGAAAUAAGGUGAUUCCAUGAGAGACUCAUUUUGUGAUGUCUGUUUAAACUUGGUUCCAUUAUUCUGUACAAACAGUAAGAGUACAGACUUUUUUAUUCCUUGGAGUCUCGACAGUAUUUUGCAGGUAAUGCAUAACUGUGACUUGAAGGCGCUGAGAGAAUGAAGUGGGAAGGGACGUUCUGUUGCCCAAGCACAAAUCCUUGUGCUAACAUAACUAGUUUGUUGGAUCUCUCCCGCAGCCUUUCAUGUCCCUUGUUCCCCACUUUUAAGAGGGAGAGGGAAGAAGAAAAAACAAAUACUUGAUGUGCCAUGAGCAGUCAUUGAAAGCAACCCACUCUUUAGCUUGGAAUUAGUGGCUAUGCUAGUCUCAAGCCACUUUUUGCAAAUGCCUCCAUGGGUGUGACAAUUAGGGUUCCUUGUGACUGGACCAAACACUCCUUGGGGGUGGGGCGGGGAGUAACCUACAUGGCUCAUAGCAGGAUAUUUGCAGAAUAAUCAAGCAAUGCCCGCUCCUAUGUUGCUUGUGUACUCUAUACAUAUUUCAUUAGCACUGGCCAGGUGCACAGAAGCUUUUAAAUUUUCUCUGAAUGGCGUGGGAGUAGUCAUGGAAGGUACAUGUAAAGGAAUGUUGCAAGGCGCAUGUAAAUGAAUCUCAGAAACUGCCUGGUGCAAUAUUAAUGUGCAUGAACUCUGCUGUUGAAAAGUAAGGAAAUGUAGCUUUUCCAGACGACUAGAGUAGAACAAACUUUGCCUCCUUAUUUUAAAAUGCAUAACCUUAUUAUUCUUGCCUGAGUGGCUUUUGAGAUCACAGUGCGGGAAAUAAUGAAACACAAACAAGUACGUUGGCUUUUAGUAUUAAGAAGCAGCCAUUAGUACAAUAACAAGUCAGGCUUCUCUAAAAGGCUUGGCAAGAGGAUUAAAACAAGUAACAGUUGUAUUAUUUUUGACUGGCGUAGCUGCUGUCUUUACAGGAAAAAGGAACAAAGCCAUAUUGGGUAUAAUGAUGACGGGGGUAUAAUGACUGAUGAAUGACAAGCACAACAAAAAUAAAUUAAAACAUGGAAAAAAAUAACACUCAGGGGAAGACCCCCUCCUAUCCGUUAUAGUGACACAAAAUCAUUAAUGGGAAUCAUCUAAUGUAGCGCAAGCAUUUUCUAGAAACUGAGUGAGGACUUCAGCUAAAAAGAGAUGUGAUUUUUU